AUGCCCGAUUGCUCGCUUCAUAAAGAUUGUGUACUUGCCCCCAAAUUUGUUAUUGCGAAUUUUAAAUCCCUGUACCUCAAAGGACUACUGACAGAGCUCUUUAAUGAAACCGAAAUUUCCGGGAAGACGUCCCUUCAUGAGUUUUGGAGAGAAAAAUUUGAUAUUGUGGUAGCGAUUGAAGUUAUCAAAAACGCUUGGGAAGGUGUUUCAGAGCAAACUCUUCGAUCUUCAUGGAAGAAAUUGCUACAAAAAGAAACAAACGAAUCAAACCAUCCAGUCGGACAGCAACCUAACUUGCAAAUAGAUGAAGAGGAAGACAAUUUUCAGGAAGGGUUGCUUUCAGAAGCAACAGGGAGUCCAGCAGUCGGACAGCAUCUCAAUUCAGAAACGACAAGAGAGAUAAUGGCACUCGGCGAAUAUCUCAACCUUGAAAUGGAUGAAGAUGAUAUAAAUGAGAUGCAACUUGAUUCACGUGACAUUGAGAACUUGGGAUUUAAAGAUCUUCAGGAUCUAAUUAACCUCGAACAAGAAGAAGAGGGUCCAUCAAGUGAUGACGCAAGAAGUGUGCUGCUGGAAACAUACGCUGCUCUUAAGAACAAAGUCAACUUAUGGCUUCCGAAUGAUAACGAUUUUGCUACCAUUACAAAAGAGAUGGAACAAAAGGUGCUUCCUUAUGUCCAAAAGGGGGCGAAAGUACCCCUAAGGCAGACAAAGAGGGAAUUUUCCAAGUCUUCUUAAAAAUACGUAAAGAAAAGUUUGAAAAACAAAGCAAAGGAUAUUCUUAUUAUUUAAACUAAACACAAUCAAUUUGUUUUUUAUGUGAUUUUUCUCCAGUUCUUAUAAAGCAAAAUGUUCUUUUGCUUUUGAAAAAAAAAAAGAAUAAAAGAAAGAUUUUCUAUGACAA